UAAGAAUGUAGAAUUUUAAAAGAGUUGUUAUUUUAUUAUCUAAAACUUCUGGAAGAGAUAAAGUGAGUAUUGAAUAUAUAAUAAUAUUAUUAGUCUUGUAGAAUUUUACAAUAUUUUGGUAAAUUUUGUGCAGAAUAAUUGAAAGAGUUAAAAUAAGAUGAAUUGUCAUUAAAGUGCAAAAACUUAAGUUCAAACAUGAGUUUAACAAGAAAAGUCUUAAGAUUUGGAAGAACAAUUGGAAUCAUAAUUUCAAUUAUGGAAUUAUCAAAAUAAAAAGGAAAUAAAGCAAUCAUUCUUAAUAAAAUAUUGAUGAAUAUUUCUUGUUUUCUGUAUUUUUUGGUUGAUCACACUCAUUGGUUUUGUAAAGUAAUCUCAAGAUUAAUUCUUAGAUUUAAGUGAUACAAAACCCAUAAUUAGAAGCCAAGGCUGAUUAUUGGAGUGACGCACUUUGGAAUUUUGAGGCGUUCUUUGAUUGUGUUGCAUUGAUUUUAGAAAUAAGGGAAGAAUAAAAUAAAUCAUAAGAAACAAAAUCCUCUUAACGUCUUUUCAAUCUUAAAUUAGAUUUACUAAGGGCUUUUAUGGAUUUACUGGUAUCAAUAUAAUUUUAAUAGUAAGAGUGCCUACGGAUUUAUCAGUAAUGGAAGAGUACCUGGUAAAUGGAUUGGCUUCUUUGGAACUAUCAGCUCGAUUAUUGGGUUAAAAUAACAAUGGGAUGCAGCUAAGUGA